CCCAGAGGGAAAAAAAGAAUUGGCUCUAAAACAACAACUUUUCAGCCUCUAAACGACAUGCCAAGGGAAAUCAUUACGAUCCAGGCCGGGCAGUGCGGCAACAGCAUUGGAAGCCAGUUUUGGCAACAGCUCUGCCAGGAACACGGCAUCAGCCAAGAUGGAAACCUAGAAGACUUUGCGACUGAAGGCGGUGACCGAAAAGAUGUCUUUUACUACCAGAGCGACGAUACGAGAUACAUACCCCGAGCCAUCCUAAUUGAUCUGGAACCGAGGGUCAUCAACGGUAUCCAGACUGGACCUUACAGAAAUAUUUAUAACCCCGAGAACUUUUACGUGGGCAAAGAUGGCGUUGGUGCCGCCAACAACUGGGGUGAUGGUUACCAGAGUGGUGAGGCGGUGUACGAGGACAUCAUGGAGAUGAUUGAUCGAGAGGCAGAUGGCAGUGACUCUCUUGAGGGCUUCAUGAUGUUGCACUCAAUUGCCGGCGGUACGGGAUCAGGUCUUGGAUCUUUCCUCCUCGAGAGGCUUAACGAUCGGUUUCCCAAGAAGAUCAUCCAAACGUACUCGGUCUUCCCGGACACAACAAACGCGGGUGACGUUGUUGUUCAUCCUUAUAACAGUAUCCUAUCUAUGCGAAGAUUAACGCAAAAUGCCGACUCUGUUGUCGUUUUGGAUAAUGGUGCUUUGUCACACAUUGCUGCCGAUAGGUUGCAUGUCCAGGAGCCAUCCUUUCAACAAACAAACCAGCUGGUUGCUACUGUCAUGUCUGCCAGUACAACAACGCUUCGAUACCCCGGUUACAUGCACAAUGAUCUUGUCAGCAUCCUAGCCUCCCUCAUCCCAACUCCCAGAUGUCAUUUCCUCAUGACUGCCUACACGCCAUUCACCGGUGACCAAGUCGAGCAAGCCAAGACAGUUCGCAAAACAACAGUGUUGGAUGUGAUGAGACGUCUACUACAGCCCAAGAACCGCAUGGUGUCUACUGUUCCCGGCAAGAAAAGUUGCUACAUCUCCAUUCUUAAUGUUAUUCAGGGUGAGGUUGAUCCGACGGAUGUUCACAAGAGUCUGCUUCGUAUCCGGGAACGACGGCUGGCCACGUUCAUUCCAUGGGGGCCUGCAAGCAUUCAAGUUGCCCUGACAAAGAGAAGUCCAUACAUCCCCAUGAGCCACCGUGUAAGCGGUCUUAUGCUCGCCAACCACACAAGUAUUGCGACGCUCUUCAAGAGAAUUCUAAGGCAGUACGAUGGCAUGCGUAAGCGUAAUGCCUUUAUGGAAGGAUACAAGAAGACAGCACCGUUUUCCGAGAACCUCAACGAGUUUGAUGAGGCACGGCAGGUUGUUGCAGACUUGAUUGGCGAAUACGAAGCUGCUGAAGACGCAGAUUACCUCAACCCAGACGCAGGAGAGAAGCCCACAUCUGCAGAGACGGAUCGACGAGUAGCGUGAGGGAGGGAGGAGUUGAGGAUGAGUUGAUCAUGAUCGUGUCUGAGGUAGUGGGAGUUUGAAACGUCACGAUGGGUAGUGGAUGUUGGAUGUCGAUAUUUGCUUUACAGUCACUAUGCACUGCAUCAAUGACAUUGCAGUUGGGGCGUUUUGGGUGCCAGCCUCGGUUUUGGUUCGGGUUUAGAUACUUGCUUGGCUUGGUGAAUCCAUCGAUUGACUACCUAGCUGAGUGCCUUGGUUUAUUAAGGUUGAUAUGUCGCGUGCUCCUUGGGUCCCGAGUCAGGCUAACCAAGGAAUUGACUUGGUAGCUGAAGCAGCGACAGCAUCACCUUGGUCGUGAUCCUUGUAGUCUCCUCACCUCCCGGGGAUAUCGAGUGGGCGUCGAUCCGCGAUCUGUCUUAGCGUGGCUAGCGUGAG